AUGUUCACCGUCUUCGGUUUUGAUGUGUCACGGUGUGCUCUGAAUUUCCGACUCUCCGACUCUCCUUUGAUGAUCCGGCAGUACUUCAUUGAUGAGGAUGACACGGUUCCUCAAAAGAUAGUUCUUCGUCCUGAUAGUCCGAGAGGAACCCAUUUCCGCAGAGCAGGACCACGUCAAAGGGUUGUCUUUGAUUCGGAUGAUGUAGUUGCUUGCAUUGUUACAUGUGGUGGCCUGUGUCCCGGUCUUAAUACUGUGAUCAGAGAGAUAGUUUGUGGAUUGUCUUACAUGUAUGGUGUCAAGAAAAUCCUUGGAAUUGAUGAAGGUUACAGAGGCUUCUAUGCAAGGAACACGAUCGAUUUGGACCUGAAAACAGUGAAUGAUAUUCAUAAACGUGGAAGAACCAUCCUUGGGACUUCAAGAGGCGGUCACGACACCACCAAGAUAGUUGAUAGUAUUCAAGAUAGUGGGAUUAACCAGGUUUAUAUAAUCGGUGGAGAUGGAUCACAGAAAGGAGCAGCUGUUAUAUUCCAGGAGAUUAGGAGAUGUGGACUUAAAGUUGCUGUUGCAGGGAUCUCCAAAACAAUCGACAAUGACAUUCCUAUUAUAGAUUAG